AUGGACGAGUCAUUUCUAUGUGAAGAGAUUCUUACGGUGCAAUCCGGACCGUUGGCUAAUCGAGUUGGUCUGCAUUUUUGGAAUUAUGAAGCCUACUUCCCGGGCUACGAUCACUGCUCACGUGUCGAUUCGGAUUGUCCGAAUCAAACACAUCAACGCGUGUUGUGUGACUUGCGUGCCAAUCUGACCAUUCCGCGCACAUUAGCCCUAGAUCUCGCCAGUUCCAUCGACUAUGGGUUCCAUUUUGAGGAUCCCGCAUCUGGCGCAUCAGAUGCCGCCCACAUCUGGGAUGGCCCUGUGCAUUCCGUUUUCCGUUCCAAUUUUCCCGCUCCUUUGUCCCAAUGCGAAAAAGAUUUUACCCAAUGGACCACAUGUUUCANNNNUCAAUCCUCUGAUUCGUCGUAUUUGGCGCGAAAACGAUAUGAUUUGCACAUUACCCAACACGGCUUAUUCACAGACAUCAACUACAGAUACUGA